AUGAGUUUUAAAAAUCCUAUAAGUCGUGACACAAAAGAAAAAUUCUUACUAUAUGGACCUUAUUCUUUAAGAGCAACCGGACUAUCUACUGCAUUCUUUAUGCUCUCUCUACCAACCGGCAUUUUGCUUGCUGCACGGUUUACAGAUCCAGCAAAAUUAAACAAUUUAAUACCAAAGAGCAUGCAAUUUUUUAAUGUUCGUGGGUUGGAGCACAUGAGACCUCAAUUUAAUGCUUGGAUCUACAUGGGAUUAAUUUUUGCAACAUUAGUAACUGCCGCUGCCAUUUAUACGAUUUGUAAAAUGCAUGCAAACUCCAAAGACAUUGGGCAACAUCAAUUGCUGGGAGAAUUGCUUGAUAAGACAACUCAACAAACAGUCUUGUACCAUGAUGAAGUAAAUGGUGUUCAUCAUCUAAUGUUAGGUAAAGAAUAUCCUCUUGGCUGUAUGGUAAAAAGCAAAUCUGGAAAUAAAAAGGUUAUGCUUGGUAAACCUGUAGAAGGUGUGCAUCAGGAGUCUACAAAGGGAUGUAUAUAUCCAGUUACUUCAUACCACAACCAUAAAGAUGAUAAGGAAGCACAAGAAAAUAAGAGAACAUCAAAAGAUUUACCUAAAGAUUUUUUCAAAGGAGAAGCAAGUAAAAGUGAAACUACAGUAUAUGCACUUAAUCUUACAAGAUUAAAUGAAAAAUUAGCUGACGUAUAUACUGGACAACAAAAUAAAACACAAGACCCUACACCAAGCUUAUAA